AUGUUGUUUUUUGGGAUGAGCAUGUUCGCUUUGUAUCAUUUCCUGAUGAUUCCGUGGCCUUUCUACAGUGGACCAUUGGACUACAUUCCUCUAACAAUUGUUGGCAAUUCGACAGUCGAAGACACAAGCAAAGGUGGUGGCUGUCUGAGAGAAUACACAUGGUGCAAGUACACCACACGAGUUCCUUUACCGGUGUUUGUGAUUGCAUCAACCAUUAUCACGGGAACAGCAUUUUCAAGCGUUGGUGUAGCCAGCGGAACGCUAUUCUCAGAGAUUCUUGGCCCAAGAAAUCAGGGCUUCAUGCAAGGUCUGUUCGCUCUGUUUGGAAGCAUAGGACGUUUCUUGGGUCCGAUUGUUUCAACGUUACUUUUCGAGAAGAUUGGCUAUUCAGUACCAAUGGCGAUAUUACUCGGAAUGGUUUUACUUGCUGAUGUGGUUAUAAUUACUUUUCGCAAACGACUCGUUCCUUUGAAAUUGAUACCUCCAAUUGGUGUGAAGACACCGUAUAAGAAUGGUGUCUUUUAUCGCUUUUAA